GUGGGACGUCCACGCUGCAUCUCUCGUCCGUGCGGGAGCUGCCGUGUCAGCUGCAGGAGCUUUACCAGCAGGGCUUCGUCCUGGCAGCAGUUCACCCGUUCGUCCACCCCUGUGGUCCAGAGUCCAACAGCCCACCGCACCAGCUCUACCGGGCCAUACUGGUCCAAGUCAACGACGGGGCGGAAAGGAGCCAGCCGGUGUGCCCACCGUACAAACUGCAGCUGGAGGAGUGUCUGUGUGCUGGGCAGGUACCCACCCCCGAGCUCAUCCAGGGCUACGUCAAGAAGCAGAUCCAGGAUGCCGCUGACCAGGGGGUGAAGUUUGUGGGAUUUGUCCAGGAGCCCUACGGGGCCCCAUGCACCACCAUCAGAGAACCAGACACCCCCUCCCUCUCCCUGCACUCCAGCCCCAGCUCGUUGCUCGGUUCUUUGGGCAGCUGCAGCCCCUCGAACCCCUCGAGCCCCACAAACCACGCGGACCCCGAGGCUGAAGCCGAAGCUAGAACGGCUGCGGACAAAGAGGGAGGUGGGGAACCCUCGCGCGAGGCCCUGGAGGGAGCGCCGAGCGGUGAGAAGAACCACAGCGAGAACACCGGGAACCAUCAGGGCGGCCAGGGUGAGGUCUCGCCCGCGACGUCUCCGAUAUCAGAGCUGGAUCUGGAGCUGAGGGAGGAGAACUCGCCGUGUCACAAUAACAACAAAGACGGUGGCACGGAGACAAAGGAGAGGCCGAGAUACCGACUGCGGAGAGGCGCUG